AUAUUACAGUUAAUAAAAGAAUUUAAAUAAAAUUAAGGUGCUAAUAAUAAAAUAUGAAGAAAUGAAAAUAAAAAUUUUAUUAUAAUUUCAUUAGUAUCUGUCACAUUUGAAAUUUAUAUUAUUAUUAUGAAUAUUAUUUACUUACAUAUAUUUUAAAAACACAUAAAUAACAUUAAGUGUUAUAAUAUUAAUUUGAUACGGUGAAAUUUACAAAUAAUAUUCACUCAUAAGCGGAAAGUUAAUGUCAACACAACUGAUACACAUAUUUAUCAGUGUGUAAAAUACAUGAUUGGAAUUUUUAAUUUAAUAAAUUUGCAGAAAAAGAAAAGAAGAAGUAAAACGCAAAUUUGGAAUUUUUGAAAUGUAUUUUUUUUAACUUCCAAUGUGUCGAUGACUUCGUCGAUACGCCAACCAUAGUAAAACAGGAAAUAUAAGUCUAAGAGAAAAUACAAAAAUAAUUUGGAAUACUCAUUAUAAAAGACAUCAGUAGUUAGUCAUCACUCAUCACUUUACGCCAAAUAUUAUACUUUUACGAGAAAAACCGGAAACUUAAGAAUUCGACGUAAACAAAACAAUAUAGCAAAAAAAAGUCAAUAAUGAGACAAACACUCAACAAAUCUUUAGUCAUUAGUUUACUUAUUAGCUUAGCAAAUGUACAUUUAGUAUUUACAUUUCCAUUUACGAUAUCAAGAAGUUAUGUGAUAAAUUGGACAACACCAGAAGAUACAUGGAGUAUUGAAAAUGUCCCACGUAGUAUAACACCUCAUUUAGAACCAAAAAAUAAUCAUACACACAAACUACUUGGUAAUGAUGAAGAAUUACUAGAACGAUUGAAACAUAUUAGAGAUAAUGUAACAGCAAGAAUGUUAUGGUAUGAUUCCUCCGAUAAAUCACAUUUUCCUCCUUUUGUGGACAAAGCACUUAAAUUAUUUAAUUUAAAACAAGUUGCUUAUGAAGUUGAAAAUAGUCUUUUGUCAAAAGUAUCAUGCACCGCAUGUAAUGCUGGUGCUGGCUUAUUACAACAUUACAUUCAAACUGGUAAAAGUCAGCAGGAAAUUGUAAAAACAAUCUAUCAAUUUUGCGUUAAUUUACAAAUUCAAUCCCCUAGAGUAUGUGAAGGUGUUAGCAAUCAAUUCGGAUCUGAAGUUAUUUAUGUUUUACAACGAAUUAAUCUGGGUCCAGAUGAAAUUUGUAGUUUUAUAAUUGGUGAUGCUUGUGGUGAUGUGUAUAACCCAUAUCAUGAAUGGGAAGUAACUUUUCCACCAGUACCAAAACCAGAAUUAAAAGAAAUUCCAUUACCCAAGGAGAAUGCCCCAUAUUUCAAAGUGUUACAUUUAUCUGAUACCCAUUACGACCCGUUUUAUGUUGAAGGAUCAAAUGCUGAAUGUAAUGAACCAUUAUGUUGCCGAAUGACUAGUGGUCGACCAAGCGUUCCAAAUAAUGCAGCAGGCAAGUGGGGUGAUUACCGCAAAUGUGAUACACCGAAAAGAACUGUUGAAAAUUUGCUUCAGCAUAUUGCUGAAACACAUCCAGAUAUUGAUUAUAUAUUGUGGACUGGUGAUUUACCACCACAUGACGUAUGGAAUCAAACACGAGAGGAAAACUUACAAAUAAUCAAAGAUACUGUUAAACAAAUGUCUGAGAAAUUUUCUGGUAUACCAAUAUUUCCAGCUUUAGGAAAUCAUGAAAGUGCUCCAGUAAAUAGUUUUCCCCCACCAUAUGUUCAUCAGUUGGACAAUUCAAUAUCAUGGUUGUAUGAUGAAUUGGAUUUACAAUGGAGAAGAUGGCUACCUGCAAGUGUUUCCCAUACAAUUCGAAGAGGAGCUUUUUAUUCAGUUUUAGUUAGGCCUGGUUUUAGAAUAAUAUCGUUAAAUAUGAAUUAUUGUAAUAACAAAAAUUGGUGGCUAUUAUUAAAUUCUACAGAUCCUGCAACUGAAUUGCAGUGGUUCAUAUACGAGCUUCAAAGUGCUGAAUUUUCAAAUGAAAAAGUUCAUGUAAUUGGUCAUAUACCACCAGGACAUCCAGAUUGUUUAAAAGUUUGGUCAAGAAAUUUUUAUAAAAUUAUAAAUCGAUAUGAAAGUACUGUAACGGCUCAAUUUUAUGGUCACACCCAUUAUGAUGAAUUUGAGUUGUUCUAUGAUCCAAAUGAUUUAAGCCGCGCAACCAGUAUAGCUUACAUUGGACCCUCAGUUACACCAUAUUAUGAUUUAAAUCCAGGUUAUCGAAUUUAUUAUAUUGAUGGGGACCACGAUGCAACAACGAGAAUGGUCAUUGAUCAUGAAUCUUGGAUAAUGAAUUUGAAAGAGGCAAAUUUAUAUGAUUAUCCAAUAUGGUAUAAACUAUAUACAACUAGAUCGGCAUAUGCCAUGAAAGGUUUAAGACCUUCCGAUUGGGAUAAUCUAAUCAAUGAAAUGACAAAUAAUCAAGAAAUUUUUGAUUUAUAUUACAAACACUAUUGGAAAAAUUCUCCAGUUCGCCCAUCUUGUGAUGCUGAAUGCAAAAAACGUACUUUAUGUGAUAGUAAAAGUGGUCGAAGUCAUGCUAGACGUCAUUUCUGUGAAGAUGUUGAAUCAAAAGUUGAUGAAAGUUCGCCAAAAAGCUGGAAACAAUGGUUUUAUCGUGGACUUAGUGUAUCAGCUAAUGGGUUGAGAGUUUUAACAAAUGAAGUGGAACCAACUUUACAACAUACCGUCAAUUUGAAUCAGAUAUCAUAGCUGUACUAGAUUUGACUAAGAUUUUAAGUUUGAAUGUUUUCAAACUUUGGGUAAAGGUUCUAAUAUACUUACAUAAUUAUUUAUUGAAACAUAUUAUUAUAUAAAAAAUUUAAAUUGUAACUAUGGGAUAUUUAAUGGAACAAGGUAAAAAUAAGGAUUAUUUUUUAUAUAGUGCAUAAGUUCGUUUUAACAUUUUUUUAAAUAACUUAAAAAGACAAAAUGGUGUAAAGAUUUUUAAAUAUUAAUUUGUAAAAUGAAAUUAUUUCUUAUUUUAAUAAAAAAUUCUUAAAAAUUUUUAAUUAUAUGUAUGCAGUUCA